AUGCCGUUACAGAUCUUAUCUAAAUCUGCCCAUCCCGGAAUCCCCGGAUCCUCGUUUCUUUCCUUCGCCUGUCGACCAGCACCCUUGUUGAUGCCUGUGCAAAGAAACCCUGUCUGUCGAACGAAACGAGUGCAGGCUACAGCAGAUCCGCUGCAUGCCUACAUCCCUCUCUACACCAGUACAUCGAACCAAACACAAUGCCGUCCGCCGACAAGUACACUGACAAAGCAGGACGCCAAGGCGAACGGCAAGAAGGGUCAGAAGAAGGCUGAGGCCGAGUACCAAGACGAUGGCAAGGAGGCUGAAGACGAUGGUGGCGCCGAAGAGGAGGAGGAAGAGGAGGCUCAAGCCGGUGACAAGCGCGGUAAGGGCUCUAAGCAGCAGCAGCAGAAGGAGCCUCAGCAACAGCAGAAGAAGCACAAGACUCGCAAGCGAGCGAGUGCCUCGUCAGAUGUGAUGCCCGAAAGCAUAGUCGCUGCCUUCAGCAUUGUCGAGGCAGAGGACAGAGAACGGCGAGCAGUGCAGUCGCUGUCGAUGUUGAUGUUUUGGCGGAUGGAUGGAUCAGAGCUAGGUCACGCUGUCACUGGGUUGAUAAGAGUCGGAUCGAAGAAUAUUCGCGAUAUGAGAUGA